AUAUGUAAACAUUUAAACUUGAUUAUUUCUUCCUUUAUCUUUUUUACUGUUCUCCAUGUAUGGUUUGUAGGUGUAGAAUAUGAUGAAGCCAUCAUGGCACAGCAGGACAGGAUCCAACAAGAGAUAGCAGAAACGUCCCAACUGAUCGGGGACCAUGAGGAUCUUCUCCUGUUGUCCAAAGAGUACUCUGAGGAGGACAGUGUCUACCAGGGGAAAAUCAAGGACUUGAGAAGUAAAUACAAGUGCUUCAGAAGAACAAGAGGGGAUGGGAACUGCUUCUAUAGGGCUUUUGGCUUUUCCUAUCUAGAGAGGUUGCUGGAUGACAGAAAAGAUUUGGAAAGGUUCAAAGAGGUUGCUGCUAAAAGUAAAGAUAUGCUGGUGUCCCUUGGAUUCCCUGCCUUCACAGUAGAAGACUUCCAUGAUACUGUAAGUUAUGGCAUGACUGAGAUAAGUUGAUAUAUAACUGCAAUAAAUAUGCUGAAAUUCUAACCCUUUAGUGGCUAGCAGAAGGCUACAAUCAAACGUGGACAGUCAUUACUUAAGUCUUAGUUCUUCCAUAAUAUGGAAAUGACAGUCCAUAUUUGAUUAGAAUAGCAUACAUAAAACUAUAUAUGGUAUUCUAGUCUUUUUCACAUGUAAUUGGGAGAGAAAGUACUUUAGCUCUCAGAUGAUUGAUUAAGGGUUAAUGACCCGCCCCGAGGUGAAUAUGGUGGGAUAAAGCAUUGUCAGUUGC